AUAGGCAAGCGUAGCGAUUUUCAGUUGUUCUUUGUCCACCAAGCAGAAAUGAAGUGCAUAUCGCAGUCAUAGUUCUAGUUAACAAAGAAAGAUUUUCUCCAUCCCAAGUCGAGAGCAGUGUUUUUCGGUUCUUCGGAUCGUUUUAGCUGUUCCGCAAAUUUCUACCUCGCUCUUCUCCGCGGCUCUUAGUCGGUCGCGACUUCGUGAUAUUUAGGUUUUUCAAAUUCGGUCAAAAUUUCCUUUGUUCCGCUCACAAUGGAAGUUCUCCACAGAACUGAAAGUGUCUCCAAGUUCGCCGUCAAACGCAAAGGAUUUGUGUUUGACGAAACCGAACAUUUAAGCACUUGCCGUGUUCUAACGGAAAGGCUAGAAGCCGAACUUAGGGCAGCCAAAUCUGAGCAGCUGUCAUGUGGUGAAGUGCUUUUACCAGCAGACCUGCUACCUAGGAUAGCUCUGGACAUUUUAAAAAUGGCAGAAACUGAGCCUUGCGGACUUAGGGGAUGCACAAUCUUCAUCAACUACGAAUCUGAUAAUCAGUGCCGAAGGAUAGGAACUUUAAAGUGCGACCCCUCAACCGUGUCAACAUUUGAAAUUCAUUUAACUCUUAGGCAAGACCUGAAAGCAUCUUGGAAAUCUAUGUUGCCACAAUUUAUCAAAAACUUUACCAAAGGUGGAACAAUUGUGAUAAGCGGAAGUUUCUCUCUGCAACGGAAAAAACUCUACCGCUCAUUCCAGGACUAGGUCGAGGUUCUCGAACCUUGACUCAGGCUAGAGAACCAAGACUGUUUCCAAUUUCCCAUCGAAAGAAAGUCCCAAGCUUGCCCGAUACCUUCUGAAUGGGUAACGUUAAUCACUCCGUUUUAAGUUUCCGAUUACCGUACACUAUCGUCUUAUUUCGUAAUUGUAUCAGCCCUAAAACACAAGAGAUCAUUUCAUGCAGUUCUCCCCAUCAAACUUCUCAAGGAUUUUCACACUAUUCCUCAUCAAUUUUUGAUUUUUCAAAUUAGGCAGUUUUCUCCUGUAAUUUUCUGCAAGUUAUAAAGAUUUCUGCCAAAAAGAAUACCUAUCUAAAAGGUAACUUCAAGUAUUGCUGUGAUAAGAAUGAAUUUUCUCUUAUGAGCAGUCUAAAUUAGCUCUGAAAUGCUUUACUGUGACUUCAGAGCAUAUGCUCAUGGAAAAUCUCCUGAUCAGUACUCAUCAGUCUACAAUGCAACCAAUCCCCCCCCCCCUUUUCAAACGCAAUGCUCUGUUGCAAUCCGUCUAUUUACCUCCUGAAUGCAUCGAGUUUUCAGAGGUUGUCUUGAGUCAUUUGAAAUUAAUAUAUUAGUUGUAGUUGUCAGAGUUUAUUCGUUCGGCUGUAUCCACGUUUUAUUAUUUUGUGAUGUUAAUUUAUUCUUUAAGUCUUGUCAGAUUUUAUGAUCCUGUUGAUAGAAUCAGUAGCAGAGAAGGUUAGCUUUUCCACAUUUUUUCGAAGGGCACUUCAAAGGAACCUUUAUAUUCUACACAUCCCCUGAAUCCUCCAUCGCCCUUUUAUCAGAAUCUAAGAAAAUUUGAAAUUUUUGUCCAAAUCCCCUAUUUUUUACCCAUCAAUAACUUUAUAUUUUGGUCUCGACCAUUUGUCAAAAAAUUCACAAACGGCCGAUUUAAACGAGCCAAUUGACGCAGAAUUUCCAUUUUGGAAUCUGUAUGUCUUUUAUUUGCCCCACUCACAAUCAGAGGUUGUCUCUUAUUUUUUGCACGCACAAUCAGAGGUCCAUUUCAGUUUCUUUGAUCUCACAAAUCUCUCAAGGUUAGUUCUUCAUGGAGUAACCUGAUUAUUGAUAGAACUGGAAUGAACUGAGAGUGCUACCUUUAAAACUGAUCCAACAUCUCAGCUUUCUUGGGUACGAGCAAAUACGUUACUUAUCAGCAAAAUUCUGUAUGCAGAACUGUUUCUUCGAUAAGUCGAAACUGUUUUAUUUCUGUCCCGUUCGUUUAUGCUCUCCCCUUUGUUUGAUUCUCUGCUACUGAUGCUUUAAAUUAUUUAUUUCUUAUGAAUAUAUCUCUAUUAAAUUAUAUGUAUCUUUCUAACUGUCUAUCCUUUAUAAUAAUUUCUGAAUUUUCAUAGAUUUCAAUAGGUAUCGUGUGAUUUAUUAUUUAUGAUCAGAAACUCUAUCGGUUUAUGUACAUACAUAUGUGUAAAUACAGAGAAUUUUAUCAGGAACCCCACAGAGAUUUAUAAUAUCCGUUUAUAUGUGUAAUUUGGCUACCAAAGCUUGCAGUUGGUCACUAUCUUCAAUAUUUAAAGCUUUUACAAGUGAUAAUCAUUCUUUCACUAUGUCAGUCCCGGACUUUAAUUUUUGUGCAAAUCAGAUUUUCAUUUCUGACCCAAACUUGAAGUACUGUCAUUUCCUAAAGAUAUAUGAGUCUAUUUCAAUUCAAACAAAAGCUGUGUUGUUAGAUUUUUUACGUGAGAAGUCCCAAAAUGUCCCUUAGCCUCUUAAUUUUCAGCUUCAAUAAUAUUGAAAUCCCCUCCCCCCCUCCCCAGAUGUGCGAAAGUAGUAUGACCCCGUAUCUAAUCAUUUCAGCUGUAUGUAUGUGUGUAAACAACCUUCGGUAAAUUUAUACAAUGUUUCAUAGAGAGUAUAUUUUAUGGUUAGAUGUACAGAGGUUUUAAAGUUGAUUUAUAAAUUUAUAACGAAUGCUAAUCUCGAGCACUUUAUUGAAUGUUAUAGUAUUGAAUUUACGAAAGAAGUAAUUUUUAAUUUUUUCUCUCUUUUGUUUAUUGUUUUUGUCUCGUCCAUUACAUUAAUAAGUUCUGGUCCUUGCCUAUAAUCAAAAGAAUCAAAUUUUUCGCAGAAUUUUAUCAUUGUAAUCUAAACACCCAUGCCGAUCAUACUUCUACAAAACAACGUAGCAGAAAGUUUUCUACUUUUCAAAACCGGAUUGGAUUCUCAGUACAGUCUCUCUUAAAAAUCUCUCUUAAAAAUCUCUCUCGAAAAUCCCCAAAAAUACGAAAAUCUUCAAAAUUAAUUUUAACUUAAUUUUUUCGACCGGUGAUAGAAACUUUGAUUAUCCUUUGUAGAAAACAAAGUGUGUCUGGCUCUGAAAGUUAAUCUGUUCAUGAUGCUGAACUCAUGAACUCUAUCUUACUCUUUACCUAGUGAAGAGUUACGUGUGUCUUUCAACUAAAGCUAGUGUUUAGUUUUUAUGCGGAGAAGUUAAUUUAUUUUUGUUUUUUUCCAUGUGAUCUAAUACGUGUAUAAAAGAAAAAAAUAUAUAUUUAUUUACUUUAAGAAUUUUUAAAUGUGAUCUAAGUUGUAGUUUCAUGCUGAAUCCCGUGAAUGUUGCGAAGUCAUACUUAAAUUAUGCUCUUGAUUGUUAUGGCGAAAGGCAACCAUUGUGAUUGACGUUGGUGGAAGAGAGGUGUACCUCUCGUGAAAGUAAAGUCUUAAAUUAGUGGCUAAGUCAUUAAUACCUCUCUGUAGUAUGCUGUCUUAAUGUAACUAUCAAUUUUUCUAAUUAUCUGGUGCAUUGUCAGACUUUAUUACGUCUCUUCAUAAGUCGCCAAUUGCCAAGUAAAUUUUUAAAAAUGUAUGAAACAAAUUAAUGUUUAGUCUUGGCGCUGCCAUAACCUUUAGUCAGCAAAAUUUUUUCUGCCUAAAAGUGGUACUUGUCAAUCUCAUUUUUAGUAUCACACUCUUCCAAAUAUCCAUGGUUGAUUGGUGAUGACUGGAAAUGAAUUGACAAAGAAUAGAGCCAUUGGAUUAGUUUCUCCGAUUAAUAUCCUUUAAAAGUUAAAAGCCUCAAAUGUCAUGAGUGCAGAUUUUAUUAUUCUGUAUGUAGUUUUUGAAAUGUUGUCCAGAAUGUUCGACUUCGUAAAAAUACACUUGGUCAUCCUACUUUCAGUAUUACAGCCGAAGUAUGUUGAAUGUUUUACGUUUAGUCUUCAAUCUAGCACAACUAUCUUAUCAUUAAGAAUUUGUCUUCUACCUCUCUGUUCCCUUUCUGCCCUCGCUUUUUCUUCCCCCAACUAAAUCCAAAGAUACUAGCUUCUAGUGUAGCCUCUCUGUAACUUUAACUUACUUAAAGUUUAAAUGUUCCUCCCGGCUAACCCUAAUUGUGCCCUUUAUUGUGUAUACGCCCCAAUUUUCACUUUAUCUCAGCAGAAAUCUAUCAAUCAAUUUUUAAUGAAAAUUCGUAUGUUGUAGCUGCUACAGCAUCAAAAUGCCCUUUCCCUAUUUAAUUUUUUAAGUUCCUGUUGUAUUAGUGGCUCAUAAAGAUCAAUAAUAUGCCUGACGAAGCAAUAAUUGUGUGGGUUGCUUAUCCCAAGUUUGCGAAAUCUAUGUUAAGCGGAAGGCAAGUUCAAAUAUCCUUCCGUAUGAUUGUAAUUUUUUACCCGCAUUGUUUUUUUUUUUUGUUCAAAGUGAUGAUGAAAAACGGUUAAUUUUUAUUGUUUCGUUACUUGGUCGUUUGAAUGUUCCUUGUUACGAAAGAAUCAGCAAAUUGUCGAUCCAACAACCGCCGACAACCAAACGUACCAAUCUGUUCUCGUUUUUGCAUUGUAUCAUAACGUGUGUACAUCUUGAAUCGCAUAAGGGUGCGAAUCGAAUCGUUAAUAAACCCGUUUACGUAUUUUUAAGUUUUCUCGUCGAAAAAUAUCAUUCUACCUACUUUGCCUGUAAAAUUACAAAUAAUGUUUCCAAGUGGAGUCCCUGAGCGUCUCCAGAGUGCUUCUGUAGAUUUUCUAGUUAUCCUGCUAAAAUUUAACUUUUCCAACUUUGUCAGAAGCUUUUAAGAGAUUCAUAUUAAAUCAGGGUUCUCCAUCCCAAGUUAAUAAACUACUCUUCAUGGUUAACCAAAGAUUACUUUUCUCAAUUCUAAAGGAAGCAAAAUAAGUUACUCGGCCAUCUUCUUAUAAUUUGCUUGUAAACAUACUCAUGAAAUGUGUAAUCUUUCAGAUUUGCCUCCAAAUGCUUUUUUCUUUUCUUGUCAAAGUCAAAACGUCCGAAAUGUGUGCUUAUAUGAAGAUAGAUUGAGGCUUUCACUAUCUGCAGAUAAAUCAUUUUCUAAAGAGAAAUUUUUGACUUGUUUUUGAUUUGAAGAUCUUUACUAAACUGAGACAAUCUUCUCAUCCCGACCAAUUGGGUUCUAUGUACUUCACAGUUUUUAUAAAUCAAAUCCUUAAUUUCUCUUCUCAAUACACCAUCUGUCUCAGCAUAUCGCAAAAUACGCACAUACCCAUUUUUGACCUUUUAUUUUCCUUCAUUUUUGUGCAAGUUGAAGCAUUUGAACAAGUCAGUUUAUUAUAUCAGUAAUUUUUGUACGAGUUUGUGAGUUUUAAAAUCUCUUGAACUGACAACAAGCAAUGGUAAACGUUCUUGGAUUUAAAGGCCUUGUAAUAUUGUUUAAGUUUAUUAAUUUGUGAUAAUUCCAUGUGAUAGCUGAUGAACGCCAAGGGAGAUUUUGUAAUCGCUCCUGUUUUGUGUCAUGGAGAAAUUUUCUCAUUGCUUGGUCCCAACAUCAAUGUCUCAAUCAUCAGACGGAACUUGUCGAAUAAGGUUUAAUUUAUUAAUUGAUUUUAUUUAUUGAUUUUUUUUAACUGAUCUCAGGAAAUCUGUAUUGGUAUGAUGUAUGUAACAGUUUCCACAACUUGUUUUUGUAUAUCAACAAAUUUAAGUUUAUCUUUUUCUACUUUGAAUUUUUAUUUUUUGUAAGUUGAUACUGAAAAAGGAACUAUUUCACUCUAAGAAUAAACAUUUUUAAACUUGAA